CAGCCACAAUCCUCCACCACCACCGCCUCCUCCCUCUGCGGGUUAAACAACGAGGAAACUUAACCUAAUCGGGGGGAAAUAUCAGAGGAAUCUAGAAGCGGCUCCCAGUUUGUGGGCGAGAGGAUGCUGCGCGCGGGAGGGAGGCGGCUCCUGGCCGGGCCGGUGCUCCGGCGCGUGCUCGGCGGCGGCGGCGUGGGGGACGCUCCGGCGGCGUCGGCCGUCGUGGGCGGGGCGAGGGCGUACCACGAGCGGGUGGUGGACCACUACGAGAACCCGCGGAACGUGGGGUCGUUCGAGAACGACGACCCCAGCGUCGGGACGGGGCUGGUGGGGGCACCGGCCUGCGGCGACGUCAUGAAGCUGCAGAUCCGCGUCGACGAGAGCUCCGGCAAGAUCGUCGAUGCCUGCUUCAAGACCUUUGGGUGCGGAUCCGCCAUCGCGUCCUCCUCCGUCGCUACUGAGUGGGUAAAGGGCAAGCAAAUGGAUGAAGUACUGACUAUCAAAAACACGGAGAUUGCCAAGCACUUGUCACUUCCACCAGUAAAGCUCCAUUGUAGCAUGCUUGCUGAGGAUGCAAUUAAAGCUGCCGUGAAAAACUAUGAAGCAAAGAAGGCGAAACUGGGACAAAAGGGUGAAGACAAAGCUGCAGAGGCAUGAGCACUAGAGUUUCUGUCGUGAAGAAUGUUGAAGUGCGCUGCAUAUUCGUAGUAAUGAUCUUGUCAUGAAGAAGGCUGCAAAAUAGUGUGUAACAACGAACUCUUGCAGCAUGUAUCAUAAGGAUGAAGGCAAACAUUUUUGAAUAAAUGUGCUGUCAUCUCGAAAAAAGAAAGAAAUUUUCUGCUCUUGUCUGGCCUAUCUGGAAGAACAUAUGAUAAGGAAGUACGGCCGCGUGAUAAGGCUCAUUGCUUUUCAA